AUGGCAACACUCGGUCAACCACGAAACUUUAGAUCUGCUGAACCUAUUAGUCUGCAUAACAAUCUCGUCACUUCGGUGGACCUCACCAAACAACAGAGGUUCAAAACCAGCUCCUUGGCUGGAGGCAAACGUUCCUUCGAAGCUGUCAAUAAUGGUGCUGCUCAUGUCCUCAAUGCUCAUCCUCAAGGACAGUUUAGAGCAAGCAAAAUCAUCAAAUGUUCUCCUGACGACGUGGAAAAUGUUCAGAUCUAUAGACCAGGUUCAACACCGAGUGUGACGCAACAUCCUUUGUUAUCGUUAGCACAUGCGAAUUACAACCUACCGUCACAAUUGGUGAGAAACUUUGAGAUCCUUGGUGUUCGAGCAAUUUAUCCAUGGCAAUCAUCAUGCUUGAUGCGAAGUGGCGUUUUGACUCAAUCAAAAAACCUUGUAUAUACGGCUCCUACAGGCGGCGGUAAAUCGCUGGUGGCAGACAUUGUGCUACUAAAGAAAGUCAUAUGUAACCCUCCAAAGAAAGGUCUCCUGAUUCUUCCUUAUGUCGCUCUAGUCCAAGAGAAAACAAAAUGGCUGCGAAAGUUGGCAGAGGGACUUCACAAAGAGGAGCCUGACGUCCCCGGUCCCAAGCUCAGGACCAGAUUGCGAGAUGUGGUUGUCGCGUCGUUCUAUGGCGGUAGCAGGAGCAAAGUCACCUGGUCUGACUGCGACAUAGCUGUAUGCACCAUCGAGAAGGCCAAUAUGCUCAUAAACACUGCUAUCGAGGAAGGUAUCAUUGGCGAUCUAGGUAUCGCAGUCUGUGACGAGCUACAUAUGCUUGAUGAUGAACACCGUGGUUACAUACUUGAGCUAAUGCUAACCAAGCUGUUGACUUUACAAUUAGAUAUUCAGCUCAUUGGCAUGAGUGCAACUCUAGCUAACCCAGAAGUUCUUGCUGGCUGGCUUGAGGCCAAAUUCUUCGUCGCAAAAUAUAGACCAAUACCAAUACACGAGCACGUUGUCUACGAUAAUGCCAUCUAUCCGAAUGGAAUUUUGGGUGAGCCUUUGAGGACAGCAAGUCAGCUCGAUACCUCCACACAAAGACUCCGACAACCAACACGCCGGAUUGAGGCCUCACUUCACCAGGAGAUGUCUAACCCAGUCACGAACGCAGUGGUCGCCCUGGCAGUAGAGAUCGCGGAACAAGGAUAUGGCGCGCUAGUAUUCUGUGGUAGCAGGUCAUCCACUCAAUCAAUAGCGGUGUUGAUAGCGAGAUGCCUGCACCACGUGUUCGUCCCUUCUAGCAUUAGCGAGUCAAGACUCGACGCGCUAACUUCGUUACAAACACUUCCAGGUGGCUUCGAAACUGCUCUGUCUGAAACAGUACCGUACGGUGUAGGUUUUCAUCAUGCAGGUCUGACGGCUGAGGAAAGAGACAUCCUUGCGGAAGCCUACGAUAAUGGUACAUUGAAGGUCAUUGUGGCAACGUGCAGCCUCGCAGCUGGAAUCAAUCUGCCAGCCAGAAGGGUCAUCCUCAAUAGUGCCAGGAUGGGUCGAGAUAUGGUUGGGCCUGCUAUGCUACGACAAAUGCGAGGUCGAGCAGGAAGAAAGGGCAAGGAUGAAGUCGGAGAGACUUAUCUUUGUUGUCAGAAGCUUGAGCUCGAACCUGUUGCCGAAUUGUUAGAGGCUGAGCUCCCAGCAGUCGUAAGUUGCCUAACGCCAGAGAAGAGAGGUGUGACGCGGGCCAUUCUAGAAGUUCUCGCAACCAGAAUGAUCUCGACAUACGAAGGUCUCCAAGAGUAUGUCCGACAUUCACUUCUAUGGCACACUGUUCCAAACCAUAAGAUGGUUCUGGACAUGCUCGAUGCAGCCAUACUUUCUUUGCUAAAGGACAAGCUUAUCGAGGUUUCUGAUCUCGACACGUAUCUACCUACACCGCUAGGCAGUGCUAUUGUUGCCUCUGGCUUGACACCUGAAGCUGGUCUUUUCGUCCACGCUGAUCUACGUCAAGCUCUAACCUCCUUCGUGAUGGACAGCGAGAUACACCUCUUCUACCUGUUCACGCCCAUACCUCAACCUACUACAGGCAUGGCCAUGACACAAGACGUCAGUUGGCCAACAUUUCGAAAUCUUCUCGAGCAGCUUGAUGACUCCUCCAUUCGUGCCCUGCGUCUCAUCGGCAUAAACCCAGCUCUUGUCAAUCGUCUUGCUAACGACGGUCUCGACAACCUACCAGAACGUAACGAGGAAGAACUCCGUACCGCAAGAGUUUACCGGCGUGUAUAUUCAACCUUUGCACUACGAGACAUAUGCAAUGAGGUCCCCAUAAACACAGUCUCAUUAACAUACAAUCUCCCCCGAGGCACCAUCCAAAACCUCGCACAAUCAUGUCAUGGCUUCGCAGCUGGCAUGAUCAAAUUCUGCCAACGCAUGGCCCAACCCAUUCUCCGAACACCACCACAACCCAACGACACCAUCAUCAGUCCAGAUGCACAAUUCAUCGCACAAGCAGGCACACCCUUCCACGGCGCCGGCAGAUCCGAACUAAGCACAAGCGAAGCAAGCGGGUUCUCCAUGCUCGCCGCCGUCCUCGAACACAUGCAAUCACGCCUCUACGCCGGCGCAAGAGCCGACCUCCUCGAAAUGGCACAGGUGACCUUCGUCAAGGGUCGCAUGGCACGACUCCUGUAUGAAGCAGGCUUCAAGAGCGUCAGGGCACUUAGUGAGGCUGACGCGAAGAAGGAUAUUCUGCCGAUCAUGAUGCAGAUCUCUGGCUGGAAGUUGAGGCAGAUUGAGCGGGAGUCGAAUAAUAUGCAGAGUGAAGAGGGCGACCCUGCUGCCGAGGGGAAUGUGAACAGUAAAGAGCAGAUAUAUGAGAUGCGAAGAAAGAAACUGGAGGAGAAGAUGUUGAGGAAAGCGGAGAUCAUGGUGCGAAGCGCUGGGUUCAUCUAUGAGAGGGAGGUUUUGGGGAGUGUGGAUCUUGAGGGGUGA